AGAGGGAGUAGAGAAAUCGAGAAAGCAAGAAAAUAAAAAAGAAAGGAAGGACAGUAGGACAGGGAAGGAGGGAAGAGUUUAUUUUGUUAAGAGGGUGGAGGACAGAUUUCUAAGCACCGAUUCUCAUCAUCCUCUCCCUCUCCCUCUCCCUCUCCCUCUCCCAGAACAAAACAAACUCAAUCCCAUCUUUCCUCCUGUUUUCUUCCUGUCUAUCUCUUGCUCUUUAUCAUCCUCCCCCGUCGUCUUCUGCUUCCGAGCAAUCUGUUUUAACCCUAAAUUUCUUCUUGUAUUUCGCCCUUCUUGUUUCCUUUCUUCCGUUUCUUGUCGCCGAGGCCAUGCGGAGGGGGAGAACAACCGCAGCGGCAACGGCAGCCGCGGCAGCGUUCACGACCUUCGGAUCAGGAUCAGGGAACCUCGCAAAAGAGACCAGAUUUAGAGGUGUACGGAAGAGACCCUGGGGUAGAUUCGCUGCCGAGAUCAGGGACCCCCGGAAGAAAACUCGUGUAUGGCUUGGCACCUUCGAUUCCGCCGAAGACGCCGCCCGGGCCUACGACACCGCCGCACGCACCCUCCGUGGUCCUAAGGCCAAGACCAAUUUCCCUCUAUCAUCACCCCCGCAGUCCUAUCCUCUCCAGCAGCAGCAGCAGCAUCACCACCACCACCACCAUCUGGCUUUCCAGCAAAACCCUAAUGACCCUCACUACAACCCCCAAUUGCAUACUCAGAACCAUCAUCAGCCGCAAAGGCCAACCUCCAGCAAUAUGAGCAGCACUGUCGAGUCCUUUAGUGGCCCUAAACUCUCUUCGGCUGUGCACUCCGUUGCACCGGGGCGCCACCAUCGCCGGCAAAAUCUCCCUCCGCCGCCGCCUAUUCUUCCGGACGACUGCCACAGUGACUGUGACUCGUCUUCUUCGGUUAUUGAUGAUGGGGAUAUUGUCUCUUCGUCAUUCCGUAAACCCUUACCCUUCGACCUCAAUCUCCCGCCGUUGGAUGACGUCGACUUUGCUGGUGAUGAUUUCCAGAGCACAGCCCUGCGCCUUUAAUUGCUGUCUCGGGCUAUUUUAAUUUCCUUUUUCUUUCUCUUUGUUUAACCUUUCAUCCGGAUAGAAGAUAAGAUGAUAAUCGUCUUUCUUCCAUGAAUCAAUCGCUUGUUUGGGGGUUGAGGAGAAUUUGGGUUUUCCUUUUUCUUACUUUACUAGGUUUACAGGUGGAUUAGUGUAUGCUUAUAUGCGAUCUGGGGGGUUUCUUCAACUACAUGGGCUUAAGUAAUGUAGUCUAUCUUGUUGAAGUUUAUAUAAGAUCGUAUUAGGGGUUCGGAUCUGGUUUGGCUUUUCUUCUUCCUGAUCUGCUGAAACCUCUCUGUACCCAUCCUUUCUGUACAAAGAUAUCUAAUUCAAUGAUCAAGAAAGAGAAUUAAAAGCUCUAUUUACAGUUUUGUAUUCA